ACAAACAGAAAAAAAAAAAAAAAAGAUGCUCAAUUUACAAUCUGAAUCAUUCUACGAAGACGUUUUAUUCGAGGAAAAGUACCUCUCCAACGAAGUCCAAACCAGCUUACAUGACGGUUACCGACUUUAUCCUCUUCGUGCCAACGAUUACGAACGAGGCUACCUUGAUGUACUCUCUGUCUUGACAGAAGUGGGUGCUCAUACUGUUGAAUCAUGGAACACACAGUUUCAGUUCAUGAAGAAGCACAAUGAUACCUACUUUACCAUCACUAUUAAUGAUGAACGCACAGAUCGUAUUGCUGCUACAGGAACCAUCUUGAUCGAACACAAGUUUGUACAUAAGAACGGUCUCGUUGGUCAUAUUGAAGAUAUUGCGGUUGACUCCACACAUCAGGGUAAGAAGCUGGGCAUCAAGAUUAUUGAGGCAUUGAAAUAUAUCGGUCAAGCCAAUGGUUGCUACAAAGUGAUUUUGGAUUGUGCAGUAAAGAAUAUUCCCUUUUACGAAAAGUGUGGUUUCACACCCAAAGAAAGCCAAAUGGCUUGGUAUAUUCCCCCUCAAGAGAAAUCUAACUUGUAG